AUUUUAGAAUCAUUAGCGAGAGGAGCUCGCUUGAGGCAUCCAAAUAUGGACAGUCCUAAGCUCCUCCCAGUACUAGCCAUCUACCCCGGAAUCUCGGUCCUGGACCAGGAGGGGCCCUGGAACAGUGGAGUGAUCAAACGCCAAGUUCAACCAUGUGCCACGCGUGAAUGAUAUCUAUAAUACUGAUCAAGCGCAGCUUCAUGAUGUUGCGCUAAAGUAUUGACGCUCGAUAAACGCUCUACAGCUGUAGCUUUGCGCAUUGUCGAGUCGCGAUACUCACUCGAGCAAAACAUGUUCGCCAACACGGUUGUUCCAUUGCUGGGUGCCAGCUUGAUACUUCUUGCCAAUGGUGUAGCUGGCACCAGUCUUGGUCCUGGACCUACAAGACCUAUCUCGAGUCCAUUCUGCCUCAAGGCGACGACUAUAGUCACGACACUCACCGAGACAAGCUACAUAGAGACUAACUUGGGCUCUACUUCGUACUCGACUUUUACCACAACGACCACCGUUGCGCCUACGACCACGACUGCGCAACCACCCGCAGACUUUACGCCCAUCCGCUCCCAGAUCGUGGAGCAAGGAUACUAUCCGUCCAAACGGGAUCUUUUUGGUAAUCUGCUGGGAUGGCUGCCCUUUGGAAACCCGUUCCAGAAGACUACUUCACGAACAGCAGCGACGUCGACUUGCGGCACAUCGAAAACAAGUAAUCCCGUGCGCUACACCCCGACAACAACAAAUACUCCCGUACGCAACACUCCGACGACAUCAUGCAUCUCUACCACGCCAGUGAAGACGACUCCUACGAGGAAAACGACUCCUAUUACUAGCACUCUCAGAACAACGACUAAGCCAUCAUCAUAUCCCCCAUUUGACUGCCUAACUACAACGCUGUUUGGCACCGUGAUAUUGACUUCGACCGUUACCUAUACCUACAACUAUCUAGCCGUGAGCUACACUGCAACAACCAGCACCAAGAGCGUCCCCGUCGCGACACACUACGCCGCCUGCGAUCCGCCCAACCAACUCUCACGCGUCGAGUCCUUCUUCGACAUCAACCCCGACGCCUCUUUCCGGCGCCCGUUCGAUGGAGUCUUCGCACCAACGCCCUACGACUGCUGUGUCGCGGCCAUCGAAGGUGGGUAUGCUUACUCCGCACAUAACAUCCGGUCUGGACUUGGCGAGUGUCGGCUUUUCAAAAAGGACGAAGGUGCAGUGUGUAAAUUCAGUGCGACGAAUGGUCCAUUCUAUGUUUACCCGAAUGGCGGUCAGACUUACACCCUCUCGAAUGGGUACUGUGGAAGCUGGCAGUAUGCGGGCGUCGCGGGCGAACCGAGCAUUCUGCCCCCAAAGUCAGCGGCGACGACGUCGGCUUGAGAGUGUGUAGUCUUAGUCCCUUUUUGAGUAUAGCACUUGCUGAAGGGGAUUUGUUGCAAUCCUCCAAUGAAGCAUAAGGCCCUCCGAAAACAGAUGGUUGAUCUCUCGUGAACAUCCUGUCCGUGAUUUCGGCGCGACUUUCAGGAUUGGCGAGGACGCCGACGCCCGCGGUAACCCUAACUCUCACUUUUCAGCUUAUCUUCCAUCUGCGCAUCCUCAAGACAUUGUCCGCGACGGAGACCAUCUCGAAAUCUCCCUUAUUUCGGCACCCGUUGGGCAUGCGCUCCUGCUCUAGACUCUCAACGUCAAAUGAUGGGCGGUCGUGAAAUCCAUGCGGAGCACUAAGCGAUACUGACGGAAUGUGCGGAAGCGGAACCCCAUCAUCCUGACUAUUCGAAGCCACCUUCUGCGG